CCUCGGUAUCGUUGUAUAUCUACGCAUGCGCCGGAUGUGACGCAUUUGUUUGCUUCGUGGAUGUAAAUUUUUUGACAGUUCAACAUUUCAAGUUUCUUUUUACAUAAUAGAACGUGUUUUUGAACUUUCUGACCGUCAGAUUAUGUAAAUCUCUGUUACUGACAAAGAUACCAAUGAUCACUAGGAGAAGGAGAAACAAUUCAGACUCGGAUGAUCGACCAAUCACUAACAGAUACCAGCUAGGAGGAAAAACAUUUGAAACACAAGAACCAGCUGCCUCGGAGUUUCCUAGUUCAUUCAUAGAUUCCGAGAUGUCAUGUAGAGACCGCACAAAUGAGUUUGCUUCAGCAGUAAAAUCUCUUCAGUCUCGACAUAUAAAUGGACAUUUGCCUUCUUCACGAAGAACAGGGCCUAUCAAGCAACGAAGUGAAUUCACACAAAUUGCAAAGAGAAUAGGAAGAGAUCUGGCCAACACAUUUGCAAAACUAGAAAAGUUAACAUUAUUGGCAAAAAGGAAGUCUUUAUUUGACGAUAAACCAGUAGAGAUACAAGAGUUGACAUACAUUAUCAAGGAGGACAUAAACAGUUUAAACAAACAGAUAGCACAGUUACAGCAGGUAGCCAGAGGUCAACAGGGCCAGAAUGCACGACAAAAACAAACUCAUUCCAACACAGUCGUUGUUGCUCUACAGUCAAAGCUGGCGACUAUGUCAAAUGACUUUAAGCAGGUCCUUGAGGUCAGAACAGAGAACUUAAAGCACCAAAAGUCGCGUAGAGAACAAUUUUCACAGGCUACUUCAAUGUCACCGGCAUCACCUCAGGGCUUUGGAAACCCAGGCCAGUCUGUAUUGUUACAAGAUGAAGCCAAGUACAAUGGUCAGGCUGGUGGUGAUUUUGCAAUAAAUAUGGACCUUGAUAAGUCCCGGUACCAGCAGCAGUUGCAACUAAUUGAUGAGCAGGACUCAUAUAUUAGUGAGAGAGCAAACACAAUGCAAAAUAUAGAAUCAACCAUUGUAGAACUGGGCCAGAUAUUUACACAACUUGCUCAUAUGGUGAAAGAGCAGGAAGAAUCUGUACAAAGGAUAGAUUCCAAUGUUGAAGAUGCACAACUUAAUGUAGAAGCUGCUCAUGGUGAACUGUUAAAAUACUUCCAGUCAGUGACAAAUAAUCGAUGGCUAAUGAUUAAAAUAUUUGCUGUGUUGAUUAUAUUCUUCAUAAUUUUUAUAGUGUUUAUGGCCUAAAUAAUGGCAAAAAAAUCAGUGCAUCAAUUUGUCAGAUGUGUGCCUUGAGAAAUUGUUUAAAAGUGUAGAAACUUCUAUGGAAAAAAAGCUUACAAUGAUGCAACAGUGAUCUUUAAUCGGUUUAGAAUAUGUUGUUAACAAUGUUUGUUUUGAACAUAGGAGUUAUACUACUAUUAGCAAACAUACACAUUACAAAUAUUAAAAUUUAUUGGUGACGUUCAUGGAAAAGAUAUGAGACAAAAUUUCAACUCUGUUAAAAGAAAGAGGAAAUAAAGGCUUUUAUUUUUA